AUGACUAUGAGCAAAGGCAUGAGACGGAGCGUCCUUGUCAUCGGUACCGGCGGCACCAUCGCAUCCGAGCUCACUGAAAAUGGUCUUGCACCUCUGCGACAAGACUCCUUCUUUCGCCGAAUCCGCCAACACCCCUCCCUCGCAUCGCCCGCCUCACCAUCCCUCACCUCGUCCUCCGUCUCAACCCCCAACGACCUUUCGUUCCACUCUCCUGUCAUCACCACCAAGGUUGGGAAGAAUACAAAGUACCCAAAGUUGGUCACGCCAGAGAUGGAUGAUGAGGGAAGGGAGGUGGAGUAUGAGAUUUUGGAUUUGGACAGACACAUGGAUAGUAGCGAGAUGACACCUGCCGAGUGGAAUACGAUCGCCGGGCUGGUGUCCGAGAAUUGGAAAGGCUAUGACGGCUUUGUCAUUCUGUCUGGUACCGACACCCUGGCAUACACAGCAGCUAUCCUCUCAUUCCUUUUCGCCAACUCUGGAAAGCCCAUUGUGAUCACUGGUGCUCAGAUCCCUCUCUCCCGGCCCCGGUCAGACGGCUGGACCAACAUUCUCGAUUCGUUGUUCGUGGCGGGCAUUUUGCCGUAUGCCGGGGUAGGAAUUGUUUUCAACCACCAGGUGUUUCGUGGCACUCGGGCGACAAAGACAAGUCCCAACUUGUUUGCCGCAUUCACUUCACCAUGCGUCCCUGCCAUCAUCAACCUAAACGUCAAAAUCACCCGCGACGCAUCCCCCCUUCCACCCCGGUCCCUCACCCCUCCCGCUCCCCUCAUCUCCCUCAAAACAGACCCCACCGUCCUCUCCAUCCACAUCUACCCCGGUCUCUCCGGCUCCCUCCUCUCCGCCCAGAUCGCCGCCGUCCCCACAUGCCGCGCCGUCAUCCUCUCCGCCUACGGUUCUGGUAACUUGCCCCUCGACCCGAGUAAUGGGGUGAUUGAAGCUUUGAAGGAGAUGGUGGAGAGGGAGAUUAUGGUGGUGGUUCUUUCGCAGUGUGCGGUGCCGAAUGUUUAUCCGCUUUAUACGCAGGGGAGGAUGUUGUUGGAUCUUGGUGUUUUGCCGGGAUACGACCUCACACACGAAGCCGCUUUCGCCAAACUCUUAUGGCUCGUUUCUGACGAAUCCCUUCCCUUCAAGGAGAAACAACAGCGAUUUGAAGAGGAUUGUGCCGGGGAGAUGUCCGUUUGA